AUGAGGUAUGUCCGCGUCAGUUUGCACUUGUCACGUUUAAGUGUUGAAGCGAACUGCACAUUGCCAUUUCCGCUAGAACUUCGCUCGGGACUGGCCCUUCCCAUGGGUGGCAAAUGCGGGGCAAUCACAUUGCAUGAAAAUGUCGCGGAACAUUCGAGAAGAGUUGGCCGAAUGCUUGGCACUCUGGGAGGUGGGAGCUGUGGCAGGUUGAUGUGUUUGAUGCUCGCAAAAUUUGCUGACAUUCCACUGCCCGCUGCUCCAGCUACUGGCCCUCACAGGUCCCAGUACAUUGCCCUCCAAACGGCGCGCGCGGCGCGCCCGCCGGGAAUGCCCACGAUGGCGCCCGAGCAAGCUUCGCACGCGGUACAGAGGUCCAGUGAUAUCCGAUUGCUGCAGCAGGCACUGUGUCAAUCUUUACCCAGACACUGCGGUGCUUCCAAGCUGCUGCACAGCCGGCAGGCAAUAGACGAUGCCACGUCCAUGGGCCUCAUGGAGUCAGAGUCUGCAUCCGAGUUCUCCCCCGGACUUUGGGAAGGGAAGCCGGUGCAUGUCUCACAUGUCGUCCUUGCCAGGCGAAAGGUGCAAAAGCUGGCCGUCCAGGCUGAUGAGCUGAGAAAGCUGGAGCUUGCGAUUGAAGGCAAAUCAAUCAAAGGGCUUCGCGAAUGUCUCGCCUCGGCAGCUGCAGCAGGCCUUCCAGCAGUGGACCUGAACAGAGGGCGAACAGUUCUUGAGCUGGAAGAGAAGAAGGCUGCUGCCCGAAUUGUACUCAAAGACGCACGUCUGGGCAAGAAGGUGGAUCUGCACUUGCCGAAGGCCGGGUACAAGAUCUACGAGAAGCCAUCGCCGCGGGCAAAACCGCAGGUGCUUCACCCGCUUUUGACAGGACUUACAGACGAGGAUCUCCAGCCCUUUGAUGCAAAACUGGCUGAGCUGCGACGGGAGGCAAUUCUUGCUUCUGCUGCCGCCGAUGCUGCACUGCUCUGCGCGGACUUUUCCAAGUGCCAGGUGGCUGCUCGGCAAGCGUUGGAAGAAGCGGUGGAGAUUGCCACAAUGGAGGUCUUGAUGCUCGAAGCUCAGCCGGCGGAAGGGUGGAAGGCAUGUCUUGUUGCGUUUUUCUCUUUUGCAGACUCUUUGGGUCGCAAGGCCGGCUCUGGAGGAAUUGAUGAAGAGGAGCCUGCUGCCGAGCUUGGAAUUUUGUCGGUGGCGAAGCUCCUUGUCGCAGAUGCCUACAAGCCCGCAGCCGCGGCCUUUGACACGGUUCAGAAGCGCGAAAUAGAACCUCUUCUAGCGGCCAUUGAACACGCCAAGGUCGUCGGGCUGUCUGUGAUGGCUAUUGCGGAGGCAUCCGAGGUCUUGAAGGAGGAGGAGCUCAAAGUGCAGCUUCGCAAGCGGCUCCUCCGACUGGAAGGGAGCCUGAGCCAACCGGAGCUUCGAGCAGCGAUCAACCUCGGAGCCGUCAAUGGUCUCACACAAGCUGAGCUGGCUCCUGCGCGCAAGCAGCUGGCUGAGCUCGAGGAACAAGCGGCAGCAUCUGUACGACUAUCUGAAGCCAUCGAGGUCGGAGAGAUCAUCGAGUUGCAGGCUGCCAUCAGGCAUGCGCGGGCUCUAGUUGAGAAAGUUCUCACGCCAUGCGUGUCUGAGCAGCUGAUCCAAGAUGCCGAGAAGGCACUGAGGCAAGAGAUUGAGCAGUCCGCGCGGGACAUGCUCUACGAUUCAAUCAAGCGCUGCAGUGGAGCUGCCGCAGUUUCCCGAAGCAAAGAUGCGCCAGAAGAGAACGAGCCACUCAAUGCGAAGUCAGCCUUGCAACAGCCAUCGGCGUGGACGUUGGCUCCAGACCUGGGUCCCGAGAUCAGCCGGCCAUGCCUGGGCGUCGCGCGUCAGGUCCUCUGGCAGUCCAACGCAUGUUGCAUCGACAUUUUGCCGGACAGAAAGCAGAGAACCUUGAACAACCAACAAGAAGCAGAGAAGGAGAGAGCAAGGAGACCCAAGAUCACGGCCCAUUCGCAUGCUUACAGUGGCGAACGUAGCGACUUAGCGAUCUUGAGCUGGAAAGCUCAGGAUCCCAAUUGCCCAUCUCGACCCUUCAGCAGUGCAGUUGCCGUGCCUGGGAAGGUGGAGCAACGGGAGUUGGAGAAGAAUACUACCAGAGGCUUUCCCUUCAGGGGGAUGAAGGCUUGGAGCACAGUCGAUCUUGAUUCAAAAUUGGCAGGAUGGAGACAAUCAAGACUGCCAUUAGAGGUGCAGAGGCAUGACCGUGAUCGGACGGAGUUUGCUGCCAUGCGGUUGUGA